AAAUGGUUCGAAUUUUUUCCACUUCAUUCUGUAUUCUCUUUCUCAUACUUUUCCCGGUUGCUAAUUCAGUUCUAACUAAAUUCCGAUUCAAUGGAUCUUUCACGUGCUCCCACAAGGUGGCUCCGUUUGUUCAGAAAGUACAAGUUUUCGAACAUGACUAUCUAACGUUUAGUGAUAAAUUAGGAGAGUUUAACGUCUUCCGAACGGUUGCUCCAAAUUGUAUGAAAUAUCAAUUUAAUUUUGAAGAAGACGGUGAUGGAAAACCGGAUGAUGGAUUCUAUGAAAUUUAUAUGAAGAUUUGGAACACUUGUAUGAUUCCUACAAAAUUCAAUUCCAAGAAAAUUUCAUCUUACUGGUUCAAAACGAAACUACCAGUCAUUGAUGGAAUAAUCUAUGCCACCGAGAACGUCAAUUUGGAUAAAUUUUCGAUUAAUUGAACUACGGUUUCUAAAAAUAAAUAAACGUUUUGAAGUCAAA